AUGAGCGCUGAAAAGUUUCGCGCAGCUGUCGAAAGUGGAGAGGUCCCGGUUGACUGUCACGAUCAGGUGUUGCGGAUGGCCUUCAUCUACUUGGACAAAGGGCUGUGGGAUGGCAACGGGGUGUUCAGCAUUGCUCCUUGA